GUACAAGAAGAAAAAUUGGAACCGGGCACGUCUAGUGACGUCAUAUUCAAACGCCCUCACGUGUGAGUCUGUUUUGCUAGCAUUUAACAGUAGCAUCUAACAGUAGACGUGUUUUCACAAUAGUUGUGAGUUUCACUCAGCUGAGAUGGUGCUAGAAAGUGUCGUGUAAUGAUAAGAGGACGAUACAUGCGUCGACACACGAAUGGUAACAAUGUCAGAUCAGGAGUUUCUCCAAAUCAUCCCAUGUUCGGCCGUUACCUGAGCACAGUGGGCUUUCCGCCAGCUCAGACCGUUUACUACAACUGGAGACACUGUUAUCAGCCUGGUCAUUUAAGGUGGACACAACCAUCACACCUGCAGCAUCGCUUGUCCUCCUUCAGCACUGUUAGACAUCUCUCCAGUAGGACCCCGCGACCUCCGGAUCCAUACAGAUGGACCUCCUGGAGUCAAACUGGAAUAAUGGCACACACUCAACCCAGACGAGGCCUUCAACUUUCUGCAGGUCGGAUGGACAACUCUAAUAGCAAGCCACCAAAAAAAAGAAAGAGGAGCUCAGACAGGAGGCAGGCAGGGGAAGAAUAUCAGUACUCACCUAAGCGUUCACCUCCAAAAGGCAGCAGGAUUCCAAAAGGAAGUCCUCAAUGGCUUCACAAUGAAACCUGCACUCCAGUUCCUCCAGGAAAAUUUCCAUCAAGCCCAAAGGAGUAUCCAUCUACGCCAGAGUUAAAGAGACAUUGGGAGGAUCUUUCUCACCUUUGUACUGCUGCACCAUAUGUGAAUGGAGGGAGACAAAAAUGGCCAUUUGACUUUUCCGUGAUGUCCUACAAUAUCCUAUCACAAGAUCUGCUCCGUGAUAACACGUACCUUUACAGACAUUGUCAUCCUCCAGUUCUGGAUUGGCGCCAUAGGUAUCCAAACAUCAUCAAAGAGCUGGAAAAGCACAGUGCUGAUAUAAUGUGCCUGCAGGAGGUGCAAGAGGACCACUAUACGCAACAAAUCAAACCCUCACUAGAAUCUUUAGGCUACCAUUGUGAAUACAAAUGGAGAACGGGACUGAAGCCUGAUGGAUGUGCUGUGGUCUUUAGACGUGAGCGCUUCUCUUUAGUCUCCUGUCACCCUGUAGAGUAUUUCCAGCGUGGCAUCCCUCUACUGGACCGUGAUAAUGUGGGCCUGAUUGUGCUGCUGCGGCCCAUUGACCCCCAUUGCUCCCUCACCAACAUCUGUGUGGCCAACACACAUUUACUGUACAACCCUAGACGAGGGGACAUUAAACUGGCCCAGCUAGCUAUGCUCCUGGCAGAGAUAAGCCGGGUGGCCCAGUUACCUGACAGCAAAGUUUGUCCUGUUCUGCUCUGUGGGGAUUUUAACUCUGUUCCUUGGUCACCCCUGUAUCAGUUUAUUAGGGACAGCAGACUGGAAUAUGAUGGCUUAACUAUUGGGAAGGUGUCCGGACAGGAGGAGAACCCAAGGGGGCAGCGCAUUCUAAGUGUGCCAGUUUGGCCCAGAAGUCUGGGCAUCUCUCAGCAGUGCCAGUAUGAAAGUCAAACAACAGAUUCUGAUUUGAGGGAUUUGGAGCAGCCAAAACCAGAUGGUUUUACCAAGGCCAGCAUUGAGCACUGUUUGAAGCUGACCUCUGCGUACUCCCACUACCUGAAAGAGAGCGGUCAACCUGAGAUCACCACAUGUCACUCACGGACAGCCAUCACAGUCGAUUACAUCUUCUACUCCGCAGCUCUGGGGGAUGUGAUGGUUCAAGCAGAAUGCAGUGUGCCACCAGAGAAGGGUCUGCAGCUCCUGGGCAGGUUAUCCUUGGUAGGAGAAGAUGAACUUCAGAAGGUUAAUGGUCUUCCCAACCAGCACAACUCUUCUGACCACCUGCCACUUUUGACACGUUUCCGUCUGCACCCUCAAACAGAACAAAAGCAUUUGCGAGUAUCAUAAAGCCUUUUAUAUGUUUGUAGCCAGAGAUGGAAUAUUUUUCUAACAAACUCAAAAAAAAAAACAAAAAAAAAAAGUUCUCAUGUUUGUUUCACACCAGCAAAAAAUGACAUGACUCACAGAUUCUUUUGAGAUGGUCUAUAACGCACUUGAAGCAGAAGUGGAUUAACUCAUCCGAAAGUUAUAACUUACGUACCAGACAUGCAAACUGUAAUCAAUAAAUUCGGGGUUUUUUAUUAUGAAAAAUGGCAUGUCAUUUGAAGAUGUAAAUUUUCUUUCCAGGCUUUUUUUUAUAAUUUUUUUUUUAUAAUUUUAAAGAUUAUUUUAAGAAGGUGAAAAAAAUAAAUGAUUUUAUCUUCAAGCAGU